AUGAUGCAGGGCAACGCCUUGAGAUACAGCAUCACCGCCGCCUGUGGGUCCGGCUUCUUACUCUUUGGCUACGACCAAGGCGUCUUCGGCGGUCUGCUCAGCAACAAGGCUUUCCUCGAAACAUUCAACAACCCCAGCGCCACGAUCCAGGGCCAGAUUGUUGCCACGUAUGAUAUCGGCUGCAUCAUGGGCACACUGCUCUCCAUCUUCGUUGGCGACAAACUCGGUCGAAGACGUUGCAUCUUCCUUGGCUGUAUUAUUCUCAUCAUCGGUGGCAUCCUACAAGCUGCUUCCUACUCCCUUGCACCCAUGAUUGUCGGGCGCAUCGUCGCUGGCGUCGGCAACGGCAUGAACACCAUCGCUAUCUCUAUCUGGCAGUUUGAGACGGCUAAGGCGCACGAACGCGGCAAGCUGAUCGUCCUCCAACUCGUCACAAACAUCUUCGGCAUCGUCAUCACGAACUGGAUGAACUACGGCUUCACAUACAUCUCGCACAGCCCCAUCAGCUGGCGCUUCCCCCUCGCCUUCCAAUGCUUCUUCGCCCUCAUCACCAUCGCCGCCGUCACCAUCGCCCCCGAGUCCCCCCGCUGGCUCGUCAUGCGCGACCGCAUCGACGAAGCCCGCGCCAUCCUCGCGCGCCUCUCCGCCUUAUCACCGUCCGACCCCAGCGUCGUCGACGAGAUCCAAUACCUCGUCGCCACCGUGCACCACGAGUCCUCAGUCCAGCACUCCGUCUCUUUCAAGGAAAUAUUCAGCUCAGGCGAGCAAAUGACAUUCCGCCGCCUCCUCCUCGGCGCUGGCACGCCCUUCUUCCAGCAGCUGGGCGGUGUCAACGUCAUCGCGUACUACCUGCCGGUGGUGCUAGUGCGGUCGUUCGGCAUGAGCGACCGGAUGGCGCUGAUACUCUCCGCCGUCGACGCCAUGUCGCUCAUGUUCUGGGGCGCCGUCGCGGUGCUGCUGAUCGACCGCGUCGGGCGGCGCAGGCUGAUGAUGUGGGGGGUGGGCGCGAGCGGCGUGUGUUUCGCUGUCGUCGCCGUCGGAUUGCGGUAUGGCGGGCCCGGUAGUUCGAACAGGGGCAUGUCGAUCCUCGCUGUCGUGUUUAUCUUCUUGUAUUACGUGUUCUACGGCAUGUCGAUGCUGUCUAUUCCGUACAUGUAUCCGGCGGAGAUAUCGUCGCAGCGGAUGCGGAAUAUCGGGACGUCGAUUGCUACGGCGGUGAACUGGACGUUUGUUUAUGUUGUUGUUGUCGUUACGCCGACUGCGAUUGAGAAUAUCGGGUGGAAGUAUUAUCUCAUUUAUGCCGUUUUCAAUGUUUGUUUCGUUCCCGUCAUUUACCGCUGGUAUGUUGAGACCGCCAAUCUGUCUCUGGAGCAGGUCGACCGUCUCUUCCAGAUCAAACAUGAAGGGGGCAAAAGCAUAAGCCGGGCAGAGGCAACUAGGCUGGCUCGCAUGGAGUCCCAAGAGGUGUUAGAAGAAAAGAUACGUGGAGCGGAGCAUACCGAAUUUGCCCAGACUGUGGAAAAGAAAUAA